AUGGCAUCCUCAGCAACUCCGGCCACACCAACACUGCCCAAGUCAAGCUCCCCCUACAUCAUAGACAAGAAGCCAAUCGCCUGUGGCAAGUACCAAGGCCUCGGUGUUCUCACUUACAUCGACCCAAGAGACAAAGACGAAGUGAUCCGAGAACGGGACUUUGUCUUCCUCCGCAAUUACCCUGACCUGCAUCAGCCAGUCGGGAUGCUAGUCCCCAACAUCUACAGAGACUCCCGGGGCAGGUGGUGCACUAUCCUGGUUCAGCAGUUCCGCCCCCAAUACGAAGCCGACACGAUCGAGUUCCCAGCUGGCUUUGUAAGCCGCCGCAGGGCCGAGACGGCCGAGCAGGCUGCUGUGAGGGAGCUGGAAGAGGAAACUACCAAGACAGGCUCGGUGAUUGGGCCAACAAGCCCUCCGUUGACCUCGGAGCCGGUGCCUAUUGUUGCGAAGCUCAGCGCAGUUUUUGUUUGUGCGAGAGAUAAAGAUGGGGAGGAAGAGGGGCAGCAGAGGUUGGAUAAGGGAGAGUUUACGGUUGAGUGGGAGGUGCCAUUGAGGGAGUUGGAGACCAAGCUCAAUGAGCUGAGAGAUCAACACGACGUUGUUGUUGAUCCGAGGGUCUGGAUGUUUGCUAUGGGAAUUCGUUAUGCACAGGAGCUCGAAUUAUAG